AUGCUCGGCAGCGUCCUCCCCUUCUCCCCCGAGCUCGCAGACCGCGUGUCAGAGUACUGCGAGAAGCAUUCUGAACACGAAUCCGCAGUCCUCGAAGUCGGCACCUUCACAGGCUUCUCAGCGCUAGCCUGGUACGAAGGCACGAAAGCCACGCAGGCCGAGAUCGUCACGCUCGAUCUGCCAGGCGAUAUGAUGGACAAAACACGCGAGUUCUUCAAAGAGGUCGGCGUGGAUGAUCGUGUUAAGAGUGUUGUGGGGCCGGCUGUGGAGACAUUGAAGGAGGUCGAAAGCGAAUUCGAUAUCAUCUUCCUGGAUGCUGAUAAGCAGAAUAAUGGCACUUACUUGGAAAUUUGUCUGGAGAAGAGGCUGUUGGCUGGGGAUGGGGUUGUGAUUUUGGAUAAUAUGUUCGCUCGCGGCCUGACCAUGGGUCCUGAAUUCAACCCUCACGCCGACAAGUCGCGUCGUCCCUUCUGGGAGGCUAUGGGCGUCACGAUCCGUAAGCUGAAUGUUAGCUUCCUCGAGGAUCCACGUAUCGAUGUCCUCUUGUUGCCUUUGUUCGAUGGGGUUACGAUGAUUAAGUGGAAAGAAGGGUAUGUUGAAGGCAAGGUGAAUGGUGAGGGGAAGAAGGCGGUGGAUGGAAAGAGUAAGGUGGAUGGCAAGCAGGAUGGGAGCGGGAAGAAAUAG